AUGCCACCAAGUAGCAAAUUGCCAGAAAACUCAGCACGCGGAAAGACGAGGAGUAUCUUCGAGAGAAUCACGCAGCAGGGUGCCAUUGAUCUCGCCAAUGAACAAGAGGAGAAUAUCUAUCUGUUCGUGCCAAAUCUGAUUGGAUACCUGCGUAUCGUCUUUGCUGCGUUAGCCGUCUAUUGCAUGAAAAAUCAUCCCAAGGUAUGCGCAGUACUGUACUGUAUCAGCGCUAUUCUAGAUGUAGCGGAUGGAAUGGCUGCGAGAGCUUUCAACCAGACUUCGAAGCUCGGCGGUGUGCUCGACAUGGUCACUGACAGAUGCUCUACGACUUGUCUAAUGGUCUUCCUCUCGUCCGCUUACCCAGACUGGUUCAACGUCUUCCAGUUCCUUAUCGCCCUGGACUUUUCGUCGCACUUCAUACACAUGUACGCGUCGCUCGUCACCGGCGCUACGUCGCACAAGCUUAUCCAGUCGGAAGUCUCCAAAAUCCUCUGGUUAUACUACAAUAAUAGAAUCACCCUUUUCAUUUUCUGCGCGGGUAAUGAAAUUUUCUUCGUCGCGCUCUAUCUCGUAUACACUAGCAAGUUACCAACAUUAGGGAUCAGCCCUGAAAUUGUGCACGCGGUCGUACCUGCGCUCGUCAAGGAACAAAUCUCAGCUGCGUUGCUCGACGGAGUGUCAGCCUAUGUUGCUGGUAUGACUCUCGCACACAUUGUCGCUAUUGUCAGUUUCCCGAUCUGCUUCACCAAGCAGAUCAUCAACUUUGUCCAGUUCUGGAAAGCAUCGAAGACUUUAGUCGGUGUUGACCUGAGCGAGAGAGCUAACAAUCGCCAGAAGAAACAGUAA